AGCGGAGCGAAGGUAGCCGCGGGGGGUGGGGGGACGGGUGCAGCGUUGGGGCCUGGACGCCGCUGCGGCCCCUGGGUGUGAGUGGAGGUCGGCGCAGUGGGAAACUUGGAGCCGGACGCCCGGCAGUGCCGCUUUCCAGCUCCGCUCUCAGGAUCGUUGUGAGGAAAGCACAAAGCGAUAUAGGAACUGCUUAACUUGGAUUGCUAUCAUCUCAUUCCUGUCUGCAGAGAUGAGGAAAGGCUCUUGUACUUCUCUAGACUUAGCACAUGGGUUUGCUUGAAAGACAAGGGUGGAGGGAGACUUCUACCUGCUUUCUUACCAAAAGGGAGGAGAGAAAUCCAGCAACAGCAUCUCCAGGAAUAAAAGGAUUUAAAAAUGUCUUCGUGGGUCAAGGUUAACAGAGGACAAACUCAAAGAUGUGCUGCAGAUAAAAGCAUAAAUCCUUAUAAACCUCAUCUGAUCAUUUCUUCUGGAGAUGGUCACAUAAAGGAAAGUGAAGACACUAAAAGUAACUUUGAAGAAUUAUUGGGGAAAGAGUAUGAUUAUUCUAAAGGAAGUGAAGAUAACUAUGAGAGAUACCAGUAUUCCCAUAAAGAUGAUGACCACAGUAAGGACCAUCGAAAAGAGAAGCUUUAUCAACAGUUUUACCAACAAAUACAGAAUGAAUAUGAUAAAGAAAGACCUUCAGAUUGCACUAUUGUUUCUAUCAACAAAGACCAAAGGGACUAUGCAGUAAGCAUAGGUCAUCGUUUGCAGGACCAUGGUCUUGUGGUUGAAAUGAUUUAUCUGACAUCAGAGGCAAGUCUCACCUGUGCACUCCAGGAAGUGAAAAAUGAUGGUUCUCCUUUUUGUAUUCUUGUCGAACAGUCCAAUGUAGCACUCUCCUCUUGCACUGUGAUUUCACUUCACAAGUCUAUCACAAUUCAUCGCCAUAUGCCCCUGGAGGAUGCAUUAGCUCUAGUAGCUAAGGAAUUUAGGACUAUUUUGGCUGAGCGGGAACAGCAAGAAGGUGCUGGGAUUUCACAAAAAGCAGCUGACCUGGUAGAUGACUACUUAGAACGGGAUCUCUGUGAAAGCUACUCUGUGCCUCUGGGCAUCAAACACCUUCUCUUCCUUUUAAGUGAGGGAAAACAUUUAUAUCAGGAGGAAUUGAACACCAUCAGUAAUUACCUGAAGACUAGAAAAGAGGAAUUAGAAGGUUUUGUUGAAACACCAGAUACUUCAACUGCAGUUGUGAAUGCUUUGAUUGAAGCUAAUCUGAUGCCAAGAUCUCAUACUAUGGGCAAACCACCUCCUCUUCUUCCAACCCCUGGAAGGAACUCCUUCCAGGGCCAGCCUCUCCUUCCUCCAGUUAAGCCUCCUUUAUUAGGUGAUAGGCCUGGAGGACUCCUUCCAACACCAGGACAUUCUGGGCCCAAGGGUAAACCUCCUCCCCUCCUAGCAGUACCCUCUAAAAGACCUGGUCUCCUGGGAUAUGCACCACACCAGCCUGCAAAGCGUCCAAUGAUGUGGGAGAAACCAGCCCUUUUGCCAACACCAGUAGCAGUUCAAACAGUGCAACCUCAACGAGCAGCUAAACCCAAACCUUUCUGAACUAAGGAAACAGGGCCGGGAGGAAAAUGGCAAGGCAUUCCAAGCAGAUGGUGUCCUCUCUUCUUCAUCACUAAUGUCUGUGUACCAGGCAAGAAACUUUAUUGUAGCAUACUUUCUGUUAUAAUCUACAUUCCUACGGGGAAUUUUUUUAAUUUGCGGAGACUGUCACAAGCUAGAUGUUUGUGAAAAGUCAGUGUUGUAGAUAUUUUGGACCUUUAAGUUGUUCUAUUACAUAUAUUACACAAUAAAUUACUUGUUUUACACAACCCCCCUUGCUCAUUUUUAAACAGUGGUUAGAUUUCAUCUAUUUGGGGAAUGUAUGGGGAAGGAAGAAUUUUUUUGUUCAGUAGCGAUUGAACAAGGUAGUCAACCUUUUUUUUUUUUUUUUUUUUUUUUUUUUUGAUUUACAUGGGAGGGGUUGUAUAAGGGUGGGGGUAGGGUCAUAAUGGGAAUUUUUGUAUUGGAAUGAAAAGUCUAAGGGGGAAAAUCAGCUCAGGGUAGCUGUCUUUUCUAAACUUAAAUAAAAAGGAGUUGUUUUUCUUCUGUCUGGGAACUCUCUCUUUGAAUAAACUGUAAUACUAGUGUUUACUUGUC